AUGAAACAUUACAAACGGGAAGACAAAGAUGAUGUGCUCUCCGACUUGAUGGCAAAGAAGCCAAAUCUCGACGCUGGGGACAGCGCUGCCUAUGCUGGAAGCGCACACGGAAGCACUGGCAGUGAAAAUAGUACAGGUAGGCUCUACCAAUUUAUCCUGAAAGCAUAA